GUACUUGGCGUAACAAAUAAUCUGUAAUAAACAAUCAUGUUCCAUAUUUAUUCCAAAUCAAUUCAUUCUUGUUCGUGUAUUUUUUGACACUUGGUGUAUUAUUUUUUACCCUACCUUUUUCAAAAGUAUUUCCCUGAUUAUGGUGAAUUCUAACAGUCAACGUCCCAGUGGCCAAAAGGCAAUUCCUUCUAGAUCUUUUAAUCCAAACACUUAUAUUUGUUUUAUAUCUGUUUUAUUUGUUUUACUCGGAUCUUAUUACAUAAAAUGGAUGAAAGAUCAGGAAAAGGUCGAACCUCCCUUACCACAGAAGCCUGUGACGCUCAAUACAAGUAAAAAUACUUUUCUUGAAUCAUUAAAAAAUGAAGUAGUUCCAUUAGAUGACAACUCAAAGAAAGUUACUGUCAAGGAUAUUGAUUUAUUCAAUAAUGUCCAUCUAUGGCCUCGUCUCCAUUCCAUUUCUCAAAUGGAUUAUUUCCGUUACAUCAAACUCAAUCUCAAUCGAACAUGUACUUUAUGGUCUGAUGAUACAAGAUGCUCAAUGAGGGACUGUACCAUUAAAUUUUGCGAGGCCUCAUCACUACCUCCAGAAUUAAUUGCAGAUGAAGAAGAGAAUUGUAAAGCCACCCAGAAGUUAUCUAAAAUUGACGAAACUGUAUCAUCGGCUCAUAUAGAAACCAUGGAUCACUUGUUUGAAUGUUAUGAACGAGACCAAGAGGAAGGUCAAUAUAUUGACUUGUUAUUGAACCCAGAAAGAUUCACGGGAUAUAAAGGCGAAUCAGCUCAUCGAAUAUGGAGAUCCAUUUAUGAGGAAAAUUGUUUCCUCAAAAGUCAUCGUCAUAAAACUCCUUUCUCCGUAGAUAAGAUGUGUUACGAGGAGCGUAUUUUUUACCGUGCUAUUUCAGGUCUCCAUUCAUCUAUAAAUCUUCAUCUAUGUUCUGCAUAUUUGUUCAUGGAUGGAACUUUUACCUACAACCUGCAAGAAUUUAAUAAGAGAUUUGCCGGUCAUGAAGAUUAUAUUAAAAAUUUAUACUUCCUUUAUCUUCUAGAAUUGCGAGCUCUAGAUAAAAUUGACAAAUAUUUAUUAACUAAAGUCAACUGGUUGUCCAGUGGAGAUCAGAAUGCGACUCGUGAAGCCAUCAAGAAUCUCCUUGUAACUGUCCGAUCAUUCAAGUGGCAUUUCAAUGAAUCGGCCAUGUUUUCCCAUGAACCAGCAGUUGCUCAAGAGUUUGCUCUUCAUUUUCAUAACAUAACAACCAACAUCAUGGACUGUGUUGGAUGCGAUAAGUGCAAAUUAUGGGGAAAAGUUCAAAUCCACGGACUAGGUACAGCAUUCAAGAUACUUAUAAAUCAAAAUGUAGAUCGGAUUCAUUUACAUCGUCAUGAAAUUAUUACACUUAUUAACGCUUUAACUAGACACUCAACGAGUAUCAAAAAUCUAGAAAAUUUCAAUAAGCUUCUUAAAAGUCAAAAAUUGUUAAAUUUUUCCUGAAAAUUUUAUUGCACAUCUAUUUGUUACAAUCUAAUACCAAUUUCUCACCUUAGCUGCAAAAAUUUGUUUAAUUGCUUGUAACUAAGUUAUAAAUUAUGAAUUAUUUUACAUAUAAUUAUUAAAAGAUAAGUUAUACUUUGCAAUCACCU